AUGCUUACACACACACGAUGUGCUUCCAUCGAACCUAGCAUGGAUCAAUUUGAGGACUUUUAUUCGUACAUCAAUAAAAUCGAUCGUUGGGGCAUGCGCUCUGGCAUUGUCAAAAUCAUUCCACCAAAGGAGUGGUCAUCUCAGCUACCCAACCUAGGUCAAGAGAGCCUUAGGACAGAUGGACAAGGUCAAAUGUUAAAGCAAGCUCGGAUCAAAUCUCCAAUCAGUCAAGUCAUACAAGGCAAUCGCGGUUUAUUCCGAGUGAUGAAUGUGACCAAACGUAAAAAUUACAAUGCUUUAGGUAUGUUUCCUUCAUGA